GACAAAUUGACAAAUCAUUUGUCAAAAAAGUGUAGUCAAAACUCGAAUACGAUAGUUUUUUGAUUUGCACCUCAAUAUUCUAUUUGCCACAAAAAUGGCUAACAAGGUAGAAACUAAUAACAAAGUCAGUCUGGAAAAAGUUUGCCUUGAAACUGAUCAAGGAAUCGUAGAGAGCGAAGAAAGAAAAUGGGGAUUGCCAUUAAAAGAUGUGUAUAAACAUGGACUCGCUUUUUUCAAAGAUAAGGAAGGUAAAGCUCUUCACCUCAGCUAUGAGGAUAGAUUAAAACUGGUGGCAUACACUCAACAAACUGCUCACGGGCCCUUGGACGUGAGUUCUGCCCCGCCUUUAGGGGUCUUGGAUGUAAUUGGUCGAGAUAGACGUGCUGCAUGGCAGGCUCUAGGCCAUAUGUCCCAGAUUCAAGCGAUGGUUGGCUUUGUUCAUACUUUGGACAGACUAUGCCCUCUAUUUAAACCAUAUCUGGAGGCAAUACAAAAGGAUGUUGAAGACAAAAAACAACAAGAAUUAAAGAAAGAAGAAGAAGAGCGAGCUCACCUGGAGCUGCAGAACAGAAUAAUGCUUGAGAAGCAGAAGCAACAGAGCAAUAAACUGACAGAAGAACAGCAAGUGCAAAGAAUUAAAGAUGCUCUCAAUGGCCAAACAUAUGAACAGUUCCUACAGUAUGCCCAGCAGCAGUACCCUGGCAACUUUGACCAGCAAGCAAUACUCAUCCGCCAGCUUCAAGAUCAACAUUACCAACAGUACAUUCAGCAACUUGCUGUUGAUAAAAGACUGGCAAACUCCAACAUAAAGGAUACAACAGAGGAUAAAGAGAACCAGAAUUCACAUAAUACUAAUGACAAAGAGUUGAUUGAGGCUGUGACUGAUUGCAAUCUAAAUGAAACAGAGGUGGCUCCCUUGAUGGAUAAUAAGUCUAUGCAGACAUUAGAGAAGGCAGAAGUAAAUGACUACAUUGAAGAGCCAAGAGUAGAUGAAAAUUCUGAUGAUGAAGAUGGUUUUCCCGCCGUAGACGAAGUACGCAUGUGGACGCGCGGCGACAUCGCUGCCUUCAAGGAGACUGCGCGGGCCAACGGCGGCCAGCUGACGGUCGGCCACGGAGAGACCGUCACCGUCAGGGUGCCCACGCACCCGCGGGCCAGGAGCCUCUGCUGGGAGUUCGCUACCGAUAACUAUGAUAUAGGUUUUGGCUUAUUCUUCGAGUGGUGCAAGUCGCCGACCUCUGACGUCACAGUACACGUAGCUGAAAGCGAUGAGGAGGACGAUGAUGAUGAAGUUGAAGAGGACGAAUAUCCCCCUGAAGGACAAAUCCACGAAUACACGAUCCACGGGACUCGCGGCGACCUAGAGAUGGGUGCCGACAAGCCGACACAGAAGCGAGGCGCCACCGCCACGACGCGGCCCUUACUCAGCCAGGUCGUACCCACCUACCGGCGAGACUGCCACACUGAGGUUUACGCCGGCUCUCACGCAUAUCCAGGCGAAGGAGUAUAUAUUCUGAAAUUCGACAAUACCUACAGCUUAUGGCGAUCCAAAACGCUGUACUACAAAGUAUACUACACACAGUAAACAUUAUUUAUUUUAUUAUAGAGCCAUGACAAAGAUAUAUAUGAAAUAUAAUAUAUUAUAUCAAUAUUGUACUGCCAGUAUUUUGUUAUCCCUGCAUGUUUGUAUGGGAUAUAGUUGUAACCUUUCAGUGCAAUAUGAGCUUAUUUAAGAUAUAAUUUCUAUUUUUAAGCUAUUUUGAAUAUACAGAUGAGUUAACAAGUUUCGUUAAUUUAAUAUUAUUUAUUUUGUUUGACUAUAUUGUCGGAUAAUAUAGUUUUCUCGUCUAUCAUAUCUUAAGUUAAAUGUUACUAUUAUUUAUGGUAGAAUAGAUAUAAUAUAUCCUUUAAUUUUAUGUUUAAAUUGUGCAGGGUGCACAUUUUAAUUUGCAUUUAAACUAGAUUCUAUCAGGAAUAAGUGUAUAAGUUUAUUUUGUAAUUUAUAGCUCUAUGAUCUAUAUCAAUACACUAAAACAGAAAUUUAUAAAAAAGAUA